UGUGCGUGCAUUCAGACAAAACGGCAGCAGCACGAGGUCUGUAGCCAUGACUAGGCGCUGCUGCGUACGCUUCACCACGCUCCUCUCGCUCCUGGCGGCGCUGCUCUCGGCCACCGCCUGCCUCGACUUCGGCUUCUACGACACGAGAUGCCCCGCCGCCGAGACCAUCGUGCAGCAGACCGUCGCCGCCGCGUUCAGGAACGACUCCGGCGUCGCUCCGGCGAUAAUCCGCAUGCACUUCCAUGACUGCUUCGUCAGAGGCUGCGACGGCUCGGUGCUGAUCGACUCGACGACGAACCCGAACAACACGGCGGAGAAGGAUGCCAUCCCCAACAAGCCGAGCCUCCGGUUCUUCGAGGUGGUCGACCGCGCCAAGGCGGCUCUGGAGGCGCAGUGCCCCGGUGUGGUCUCCUGCGCAGACAUUCUCGCCUUCGCGGCCCGGGACAGCGUCGUGCUCUCAGGCGGCCUCGGCUACCAGGUGCCGGCCGGGCGCCGCGACGGCCGGACAUCUAAUGCAACCGAGGCGCUCAACCAGCUGCCCCCGCCGUUCUUCAACGCCACCCAACUGGUAGACAACUUCGCCUCCAAGAACCUCACCCUUGAGGACAUGGUUGUCCUCUCCGGCGCGCACACCCUCGGCGUCUCGCACUGCGACAGCUUCGCCGGUAUCGGCAACCUCGGCGACCGGAUCCACAACUUCAGCAGCUCAGCUGACGGUGUUGAUCCGUCGCUGAGCAAGGCCUACGCACUUCUGCUCAGGAGCGUCUGCCCGUCCAACAGCAGCCAGUUCUUCCCAACGACGACGCCGUUCAUGGACCUCAUCACGCCGAACAAGUUCGACAACAAGUACUACGUGGGCCUGCAGAACAACCUUGGCCUCUUCAUCUCGGACGCGGCGCUCAUGACCAACGCGACGAUGAGGACCCUGGUCAACUCCUUCGUGCGCAGCGAGUCCACGUGGAAGACCAAGUUCGCCAAGUCCAUGCUCAAGAUGGGGCAGAUCGAGGUGAUGACCGGGAGUCAGGGCGAGAUCAGGCGCAACUGCAGGGUCGUCAACCCUGCUCGCACCGCCGGCGCCCAUGACGAUGCCGUCGCCGGGUCAUCAGAUUCUUCAGGAUUCACUGGAGUAGCUGCAAGCUAACCAUCAUCGAUUAUCGUCUAGUGUGGAACUGUGGAUUUGAUGUUGCAGUAAGUAAUGAGCAAAUUACAUAAGCAAGAAAAAUUGCUUGUUGCAUGAGCAGGGAGAGGGAGAGGGAGAGGGAGAGGGAGCAUAAUCUAGAGAACUGAAGGAAAAGGAGGUGACCACACUCUGUUGUAUGUUAUGAGUUAUGACUUGCGUUAUGUUUGGAGUUUGAUUGUGAGGAAGAAAUAAAUCUGUGCCAAACAUUGUUGUUCGUGGCAAACAUA